CCCAAAGCACCGCUCAGCCAGGCACUCGACGCUCCCUCCGGAGGAAAUGGCCCUGCCUCUCCUUACCUUAAGGUAGUCUACGUCCCGAUGCAUGCCUCGCUGCCCACAGCCUGCCAUCCGCGCGAUCGACAGCAAGCCCCCUUCUCGAACACGCACGUCCGCACGCAGCCCAGCCAUCGGAGACCAGACCAGACCAGACACCAACCCGGUCAGCCAGUCAGUCAGCUACUCAGUCAGCUACUCAGUCAGUCAAUCUUGCCGGUUGCACAGCGCGUGACCGUCCAUGGGCAGCCACGCAAACACACCUCCUCCCUCCCCCUGCCCUUUCUCUCCGCUUCUCUUCCAGCUCGCUCGGCUCGCCAGGCCAGGGCUCAGGCACCACGCAUCGUCGAUGGUCCAUCUCCCGCGCCGCCGAUCCUUCCUCCUCGUCCUCAAAAUCAUGAUGGGAACCUGAUUUUCUCCAUGCCCUGCCGUCUCGACAACUCGGCACCGUCUCCAUGCCAUUUCCAAACAACUCGAUCCCCCCGCUUCCCUUCCCUUCAUGUCUUCCUCUCUCUUCUGUUCCCCCCUCUAACAACCCCCCCCCCAUUCUCCUCCGUGUGGCGGCAGCUUUCUCGUGUACUGUAUUUUUUUCUUUUCGCAAACCAGUACCUUAAGUACGCUAGCUAUAUCUCCUGUGACGGCCUUGACAUAUGACUGCCCUGUGGUCGCCACUGGUCUCUCUUCUGCUAGCUGGACCACCAGGCACCAGGCACUUGCCCCUAGUUAAGAUACUUAAGGCUUGUGAACAUAUCCAUCAGGUCAACGCGGGCACAGUCUGUCCCCAUGAAGUCAUUACAGACUCCAGCAGGAGGACUAUUGAAGAGGGGGGCAAAAGGCAUCACGUUUUUAUUUUUCGGCUCCAAAAUCGACAAAGUAAUUGGCAUGCACGAAUCCAAAAGUCCCAUUGGGGUG